CGAUAGCCAAUCAUAUUGUAGUAACACUGCUUGCAAAUACGGAAAUACAUGGACCGCGUCUUCUUAGUUAUUUUUUUAGGGUUGGCGUGUUUUGGUUUAAAAAGCAGUGGUUAGAAAUUAGCUUUUUAGUAGAAUUUAAAAGGGACUCGUGCAAUAGACUGUUUUUUUCCACUCUAUGGAUUUUCUGCUGUUUCUAUCAUGGGCAUGCAUCGUGUUUACAGUCGGGAUGUUCUCGACAGGACUAUCCGACCUAAGAAAGAUGCGCGAAUCCAAAAGUGCAGAAAACAUACAGUUUCUUCCUUUCCUCACUACGUGUCUGAAUAACCUGGGUUGGUUAUUUUACGGGAUCCUGAAGAAAGAUCACACAAUUGUUUUUGUCAACACCAUUGGAGCUUUACUUCAAAUCCUCUACAUAGUCAUGUACUUCUAUUACACUAAAAUGAAGAGGCAGGUGACUCUCCAGACCCUGGCAGCAGGAGUCACACUGAUCACCGGCUGGCUGUACUUCACCACCUUUCUAACUGAAGGAGAGGCCCGGCUGAACCAGCUGGGUCUCACCUGCAGCGUGGUCACCGUCAGCAUGUACCUGUCCCCGCUCUUCGAUCUGGUGGAGAUCGUCCGCAGUAGAAACGUCCAGUGCUUGUCUUUUCCUCUGACUGUAGCCACCUUCUUCACCUCAACCUCCUGGGUCCUCUAUGGCCUCCAGUUGAAUGACUAUUACAUUAUGGUUCCAAAUACACCAGGGAUCUUCACCAGUCUGAUCCGAUUUUAUUUGUUUUGGAAGUUUGCACCCAUCACUCAAAGCUCACCGACCUACAAGGCCUUGCAGAUGUGAGGACACAAACUCAGAGGUUUCCUGUCUGUUGACUCCAUGGACAGCAUGGCAGCAACGUCGCAGUACUAAAGGAGUAGCUACAGACUGAAAAUGAAUUCAGGAUAAUUGUCUUGAAUGGGAUUUUUUUGCAGUUGUGUGUUAAUUGUGUGACCUUUGCUUUGUUUUUGUGUCUCCCCUAAGUGCCUUAUGUUAGAUCAUAUCUGCCAUUGAAGGUCAGUGGCGUUAAUAGAUGGGUGGAUUGACACGAACCGUCAGCUCCAUUCCAUUAUUUGCCAAAGAUGGUGUAGAGUAGAGUUUCUGACAGCUAUUUUGAUGCUAUUAUUUAUGUUACUCAAGGAAGAAGCCCAUUGGAGUAUACUGUUUCAUAUUUGUUUGUUCAAGAUGGAAAAGGAAUAUUUUAAAUCAGACUUGGUACCAGUGCCUUUGUGUAAUCGUGUAUUCAGAACAUAAUGUCAUACGACUGGCAUUUGUUUACUUAUAUUUUUGUCUGAACAUUUUUAGAGACAAAGUGCUUGUUGAGCUUUUGUUCAAAAGCAAGUAUUGUUUACCUAUUUGUCUAUCUAGUUUUGUAUAAUGUAUAUAUAAGACCUUAGUAAAGUUCAGGAUUAAACCAACACAAAGUGUUCUUUUGUCAGGAAGUGUAAAUGACUGGUUUUCUGGGUGUCUCCUCACGAUGUGAAAACAAAAUUACAAAAUAAACAUAUCUGACUCACCAACUUC